CAUAACUAGUGUUAGGAUAUUUUUCAGCGUGAUCAUCAUUAUUGAGAAAAAAAAUGGCCAAGUUAAUUCAAUUCUUUGAGUUGAACACAGGGGCCAAGAUUCCUUCUGUUGGGUUAGGCACAUGGCAAGCCGAACCAGGAAUUGUAGCAAAAACUCUCACCACAGCCAUUGAGGUUGGAUACAGGCACAUUGACUGUGCUCAAGUUUAUGACAAUCAAGCAGAGAUAGGUUCUGCACUUAAGAAGAUUUUUGAUGAUGGUGUGGUGAAGCGUGAGGACUUAUGGAUAACUUCCAAACUCUGGUGUAACGAUCAUGCUCCAGAAGAUGUACCAAAAGCUUUGGAUAGAACAUUACACGAUUUGCAACUUGACUACGUUGAUCUCUAUCUGAUCCACUGGCCAGUCCGCACGAAAAGUGGAGCAGUUGGAUUCAAGAGAGAAUAUCUAGAACAAACAGACAUUCCUGGCACAUGGAGAGCAAUGGAGGCAUUCUAUGACUCUGGCAAGGCUAAAGCCAUAGGAGUGAGCAAUUUCUCUUCAAAGAAGCUUCAAGAUUUGUUGGAUGUAGCAAGAGUGCCUCCUUCUGUUAACCAAGUGGAAUUGCACCCAGGAUGGCAGCAGCCACAGUUGCAUGCAUUUUGUGAAUCCAAAGGAAUACAUAUAUCAGGAUACUCUCCACUAGGCUCACCAGGGAAUCUGAAAAGUGACAUUCUUAAGAAUCCUGUUGUCGUAGAGACUGCAGAGAAACUGGGGAAGACACCAGCUCAAGUGGCCCUUCGGUGGGGAUUGCAAUCAGGUCAUAGUGUGCUGCCAAAAAGUAAUACUGAGUCCAGGAUCAAGGAAAACUUUGAUGUCUUUGACUGGUCUAUUCCCGAAGAAUUAAUGGCCAAGUUCUCUCAAAUUAAGCAGGAUAGGCUAAUUAAGGGCACAUCUUUUACUGACGAUACCUAUGGUCCCUAUAAGAACAUUGAAGAACUCUGGGAUGGUGAGUGAAGUAUGAGAAAUGUUUAUCAUUGAGAUGUUGACAAUUACACUGUUCCUCAAGCAGAUUGGUUCUUCCUUAUUAUUGUUAAGAACACAAAAUAUGUAACCAAGACUUAUUUUUCAUGUAUAGUUAUUGUAUCUUCUAUUUGAUAUAGGAAAACUUAGUGCAGUGAAUAUGUCUAGGGGCCAAAUGAAUUUAUAUCUACAAUGUCAAUACGUUUUGCUUA